UCCAGAAAAAGCUUGGCUUCAUUUCCAACCUAUGUUGAAGUUCCUGGACCUUGUGAUCCUGAAGACUUAAUUGAUGGAAUCAUUUUUGCUGCCAAUUACCUUGGCUCAACUCAGCUCCUUUCUGAUAAAACUCCUUCCAAGAAUGUGAGAAUGAUGCAGGCUCAGGAAGCUGUCAGCAGGAUCAAGAUGGCCCAGAAAUUAGCCAAAAGCAGGAAGAAGGCUCCAGAAGGUGAAUCUCAACCCAUGACUGAAGUGGACCUCUUCAUUUCUACACAGAGAAUAAAAGUACUGAAUGCAGACACACAGGAAACCAUGAUGGAUCAUCCACUGCGGACCAUUUCUUACAUUGCAGAUAUAGGAAAUAUAGUUGUUUUGAUGGCUCGUAGGCGAAUGCCACGGUCUAACUCCCAGGAUAAUGUGGAAGCAUCUCACCCUUCCCAAGAUGGAAAGAGGCAGUACAAAAUGAUUUGCCAUGUCUUUGAAUCUGAGGAUGCACAGCUGAUUGCACAGUCCAUAGGUCAAGCAUUUAGUGUGGCCUACCAGGAAUUUCUGAGGGCAAACGGAAUCAACCCAGAAGACCUUAGCCAGAAGGAGUAUAGUGACUUGCUCAAUACCCAGGACAUGUACAACGAUGACCUGAUUCACUUCUCCAAAUCUGAAAACUGCAAAGAUGUUUACAUUGAAAAGCAAAAGGGAGAAAUCCUAGGUGUAGUGAUUGUGGAGUCUGGCUGGGGAUCCAUUUUGCCUACAGUUAUCAUAGCCAACAUGAUGCAUGGAGGACCAGCAGAGAAGUCUGGGAAGCUGAACAUAGGGGACCAGAUCAUGUCAAUCAAUGGGACCAGUUUGGUUGGUUUACCACUCUCAACGUGUCAGAGCAUUAUAAAGGGUUUGAAAAACCAGGCCCGGGUUAAACUGAACAUAGUUAGGUGUCCUCCAGUAACCACAGUCUUGAUCAGGAGACCAGACCUCAGAUAUCAGUUGGGCUUCAGUGUGCAGAAUGGGAUUAUCUGUAGCCUUAUGAGAGGAGGCAUAGCAGAGCGAGGAGGUGUGCGUGUCGGCCAUCGGAUCAUUGAAAUCAAUGGACAGAGUGUCGUAGCAACACCACAUGAGAAGAUUGUUCACAUUCUCUCAAAUGCUGUUGGUGAGAUUCAUAUGAAGACUAUGCCCGCUGCCAUGUACAGACUGUUGACUGCGCAAGAGCAACCAGUUUACAUCUAA